GAACAUUGUGCUGGCAUCACACCUGAAGCCCCUGGAGAAAAAGGACAAGAUGGGUAAGAGGAGGAACGUGCUGUGGAAUCCCUGUGCAGCCCACGCCAAGGCCCCGCCAGCCAGCGAUGUGGAAAUACCCCAGGAACUGGAUCGACUGCCGAGAACCUCUGCUGAAUUUUACAGAGAUUGGCGCAGAUGCCUAAAAAGCGGAAAAGAAAAAUACCAGUUUUUGCUUGAACUUGGAGGGAAGGCCUUGGGCAGAAUCUUUCAGGCUGACUUGGGCUUUGGCCUCCUGGGCGAAUUCCUUACGGUGCUGGCAGAGAACGUCUGUCAUGGAGAUAGAGAUGCCGUCCUUCAGAUCUUACAGAGCCUUGCCUGCACCAAGCGCUUCGGGUUAAACAUGGAUCUUCUGAGUGAGUCGGAGAGGGAGAGCAGCAGGGAUCUGUUUGGGAAGCUGCGGAGCAUGAGCAGGGGUUACCGGACCGCCGGCCAUCCCAGCAGCCCAGCCGGCUGCGAAGCAGAGAGGGAAGCCCACCUCAUGCACAGCAGCUUGCAAAAGGAAGCCGAGGAGGAAAGGAUAGUGAUGGGGCUGAUGAAAUGCUACCAGGUGUCCUGA